AAUGUAAGAAGUUACAUCAAAAGGUAAAACAUUUAUACCAAGAGUAUACUCAAAACAAAUUUAAAGACAUGAAUAAAAUCUUAAUUAAUUUCUCAAUUCUACUCAUUUAUUUAAAUAAGUGAAAUCUGUAAAGUAUAUCAAAAUUAAAUAAAUGCCAUCUUAGACUCUAACUCCCAAAUAAAAUAUAAUACAAAAAUAUGUUAAUUUAAGAUUAAGAAAUUGUAAAUCAAUAACACCAAUAAAAUAUUCAAUUGAAAUUCCUUCAACUGCUGAUUAUUUGUCUAGGAAAACAAAAUCCACAUAUUAAGAUUUGAGAUCUACUUACUAAUUCAAGAAUAGUAGGGAUAAUUAUAAUCAAUCAUUAUAAGAAAGAUAAUAAAAUAGAAUUAUAGAAAUAAAAGAUGAAUAAGAAUAAUGA